AUGUCGCCAGCACAGAGAUGUCGCGCAGCAGACAUUGACCGCGUUGCCGUCAUCGGCGCCGGUCCCUGUGGCCUCGCCGCCGCCAAAUUCUCAGCGGUCGACGUGUUUGAGCAGCAUACAACCGUCGGCGGCGUCUGGGCCUACACGCCAAACGCAAAGGACUUCGGAUGGUGGGUGUCUCCCGUCUACGACUUGCUGGAGACCAACAUUCCGCAUACCUUGAUGAACUAUACAGAUUUGGACUUUCCAGCGGAUUCGGCGCUGUUUCCGCGCCACGAGGUCGUCAAGCGCUACCUCGACGCCUACGCUGAGCCGCUCGGCAAGCUGAUUAAGCUGUCGACACGGGUCGUCUCCGUGCAAAAGGUCGCAAGGCAAGGCCGCAACGUGUGGGAGAUUCAGACAUGCCGCGUCGGGUGUGAUGGGAUGUCAACGUCGUAUUACGAUGCCGUCGUCAUCGCCAAUGGGCACUAUAGCGAGGCGUUUACGCCGUGCGUCCCGGGCCUCGAGGCCUUUAACCACUCGCAUCCGGGGCUCGUGUCGCACGCGAAGCAAUACAGACGUCCGGAAGAGUUUGCGGGCAAGAAGGUGGUUGUCGUCGGCCACUCUGCAUCAGGCAGCGACAUUAGCGCUCAAAUCUCAACGUCAGCCAAGCUUCCGGUUAUAAUCUCUGAAAAACACCGUCCCAAGCCGGCGCUCGAGGAGCCGACCCCGUGCUGGGCAAAGGGGAUGCCCGAGAUUAUUGAAUUCAUAUCAAAGGGUCGCUCCGUCCGCUUCGCCAACGGCGAGAUCGAAACGGAUAUCGACGCAGUCGUCUUCUGCACCGGCUACCUCUACAGUUUUCCCUUCCUCCAGAGUCUCGGCUCGGUGCUGGUGAGCGACGGCGCGUGCGUGCACGGCCUGUACCAGCACGUCUUCCGCAUCGACGACCCGACGCUGGCCUUUUUGGGGCUCCCGCAGCGCAUUGUGCCGUUCCCCUUUGCCGAGGGCCAGGCGGCGUGGGUGUCGCGCGUCUGGGCCGGACGCCUGGUCCUGCCCCCGACUGCAGAGAUGAGGGCGUGGGAGACGGCACUAGUCAAGGCCAAGGGAGCUGCUGCCGCACUGCAUGUCAUGGGCCCCCUUGAAGAUGUAGACUACAUCAACGAGAUGCACAGGCUGAGCCGCGAGGCUGAGCGGGACGAGGCGCUGGAAGGCGAAGGAGGAGGGCUGGGCAAAAUGCCGCCGUUUUGGGCGGAUGAGAAGAGGUGGCUGAGGGCGCAGACGCCUCUCGUCAAGGCGGCGUCGAGGAGGUUGGGGGGCGAGAGGCACAAGAUUCGGGAUUUGGAAGCGCUUGGGUUCGUGUAUCCUGGUAUUCUGAGCUGA